CCUCCUCCUCCUCUCCGCCCUCAGCCAGCCUCCUGGCUCUCGGACACUCUGUUCUCGGCUCUCCGCUCCUCUUUGCUUCAGUUGACCAGCGUCGCAACUGGGCGAUGCACCUCCAGGAGAGCCUCUGCUUCACGGUCUGUGGAAGAUUUUAAAUUCGCAUCCCCCAAACCUGGGUGACAGUUUUUUCUUGUGUUUGUCUUGCCUUUUGAUCUUCUUUGAUUUUCAGCAGUGUCAUUCUGACAAGCUAUUUCCUUGACAAGGUUUUUGGUUACCUACCUGUAAACUGAGCACUUCGUUCGCUGCAGAGACACUGUUUCCAGCAUUCAUUUCAUCUUGAGAAGAGCCGGCUUACAACUGAUAACUCACUGGGAGAUGUUGCAAGGAGAGCCGCACAAACUGGCUUGAUUUGGGGGAGUUUUGUUCUUGAAGACAUCGACAGCAUCUUCUACAGAAGCAACGGAGACGCUCUUAAAAAGGUGGUCACCUAUUUUCAGCCGCCAUGCUUUCUCUGGACGAGCCGCUGGACCUGAAGCUUCCCUCUAGACGAACAGGUGUUCCUGUGAAAUUCGGAAAGAGGUCCUGUCCGUCAUCGAUAUGCGCUCCUCUCCACGCCACACGACCACGCCUGCAGUGUACGACCUUCCCAUCACCCCCCUCCUCACCAGAGUCCCAAUCUUCUCAGGAGCGACCCGGGUCCUGCUUCACCCCUCCAGCCAUGGACCUCAGCAUGUUCCCGUCUUCUCAGCAUGCCCCCUCCCUCUCUCCGUCUCCCUCCUCCCCGUCCUCCCCCUGCCCCCCGUCGCCCCUGGAGUCCCCUCACAGCAGCAGCAGCAGCCCUCCGCCUCACCUCUUUUCUCGGGAAGGGUCUUGGCAUCACAGCGCUGAAGGUGGAGCCUCUCCGCCUGGAUUUCCGUUUUACCUCCCGAUGAGAAGCCUCCAGAGGGGCUACACCUUUCCUUCCUCUGUGUUCCUCGGUCAGCCCAGAGAGAAAACGGUUUCCCCCGAGCCCCCACAUGAUGGUCAGCUGAUUUGUCGGUGGAAGAAGUGUCACCUGCUUUUCGACUCGCUGCAGGAGUUGGUAGAUCACAUUAACGACUUUCACGUCAAGCCCGAGAAGGAUUCUGGGUAUUGCUGCCAGUGGGAGGGCUGCGCUCGCAACGGGAGAGGCUUCAACGCCAGGUACAAAAUGCUGAUUCACAUCCGCACUCAUACCAACGAGAAACCGCACCACUGUCCCACCUGCAACAAGAGUUUUUCACGUCUGGAGAACCUGAAGAUUCACACCCGCUCCCACACAGGCGAGAAGCCCUACAUUUGUCCCUACGAGGGCUGCAACAAACGCUACUCAAACUCCAGUGAUCGCUUUAAGCACACUCGCACCCAUUACGUGGACAAGCCUUACUGCUGCAAGAUGGUGGGCUGCUUAAAACGCUACACAGAUCCCAGCUCGCUGCGUAAGCACAUCAAGGCUCACGGGCACUUCGUUGCCCAGGAGUCAGGUCCCUCUACCAGGCUGCAGCCGGGGAUGGGGCUGGGAUUCCCCGGGUUCCAGAGCGCUGCCGAGCUGUCCUCUGUAGGCGGGGGGCACGUCAUCCUUCCAGGGACAACUGGAGCUCUCCUUGGGGGUCUCGGAACAUCGUUGCCUUUCUCUGCACUCUGCCACUCCAGGGCUUUGGAUCAUCAUGGAGCACCAAUCUUCUCCAUGAAUGGAGGAGGGCGCUGCAGCAUUGGGCCGCUCGGCCUCUCCGACUCUGCGCUGUUACACCUCAGACUCUCGGCUGCGUCCAUGCUUGGGCUGGGAGCUCUGGGAGGGAUAGCCCAGGUGACAGGAAAGGAGCCGGAGGAGGAGGAGGACGACGAAAACGGAGAAAAAAAAGAGGGCGAGGCUCUUAACCUGUCUGUAAGACUGGGAGCCGGACGGAAGGAUCCUUUGUCAUGGGUGGUCGUUCCCUCAAACACGUUUUUCCUUAAACCAACAGCUGUUAGUUAGGAUGUGCAGCCACUGGGAAACUGUUUUUGCGUGCAGCUCACAGCGCUGGUGGAGCUCAGCAGAAAAAUCGCAUCAGACUCUAAUGGAAACAAGUCAUAUCCCAGCAUGGCUUGAUUGCACAAUUUGAAGAUCUGUCACUAUUGGAUGAACUUAAUUGCAUACGGUGUUGUGCAAAAAAGUUUUAGGUAGGUCUGAAAAAAAUGCUGUAAACCAAAAAAUGCUUUCAAUAAUACAGGAGGCAGCUUAAUAACAAAUGCAGUAAAUGAACAGAGGAUGCAUCUGUGUCCAGAGUUACCCCCCUUUGCCCUCAAAGCAGCAACAACUCCUCAAGGUACACUUGCACAUGGUUUUAAGGGAACCUGACUAGUAAGUUGUUUCAACCACACUGCAAAAAGGGAACUAAAAAUAAGUAAACAUUUCUUGAAAUGAGUGUAUUUUUCCUUGAUUUG